GUAACACUGAAACAUAGCAACAAAAAUAAAAAAUGGAAACUGGACCAAAUGCAGAAAUUGAGCUUCUAGAGCGCGUCCUGUUGCGUCUGGGAAAUGCGGACUCGGAUGAGAAACUGGGUGCCACUGUGGGCAAGUUCCUUGCCCCAGUUAUCCUUAAAAUGAACUCCCCCCAUAAUGCAGUUCGAACGAAGGUUGUCGAAGUGCUUACCCACAUUAAAAGGCGCCUCUCGUCGCGGGGACAGGUUCAAAUACCCGUGGAGGCACUGUUAGAUCAGUAUGCCGCCGAGGACAGCAGUACCUUCCUUAAGAACUUUGCCAUCAUAUUCAUCGCCAUGGGCUUUCCGCGUCUGCCACUGGAGCAACAGGCUGGGCUAGCUAGCAAAGUGGUGGGCUGCGAGAAUAAAUUGGAGAGCUAUCAGGACAAGUUGUUCGCGCUGCUGCUGCCCAUACUGUCCGAAAUGAAGAUACCCGAUGAUCCGGCACAGCGGUCGAAGCUACUAGAUCUCCAAGAAAAACCUGUCAUCAGUGCAAACUUUUUGGCCCUGCUUCAGGAUGUGCUUCUCCUGCCUUACGGUAUCACCCAAGAUCAGGAUGUUCCACCGGGACUCAGCACCUAUAGUUUUAAGCGCAUUAUUGCCAACAAUUGGCGGGCCGAAGAACUUGAAAAAGUCAAAAAAGGCAUAGUUCGAUUUUUAUGCGGCAGUGUCUUCAGUGAUGUGCAGAUUUUCGUACCUCUUGUGGUGGCAUCGGCGGAUACACGCUUCAGCGUGGCCACUCCAGCAAUCGCGGAGUUAAGCAAACUCUGUACCAUGCUUGAUUUUAACAGCCCCGCGGUUACCGCUCCUUUGUACACUUUGUUUGCCGGCAACCAAAACAAGUUGAUUGACCGCCAGACGCGUCCCUGCUGCGCUCGAGUGCGUCAAAAGUUGCUGCAGUACCUCAUUAAGUGCCGUGGAAAGAGCAUCAACGUAACAAAGGGACUACAGGUGAUCUUUGAUGGCUUGUUUGGGACAAACACUAAUCAGAAAUGCAAGGUUCUGGCGCUGCAGUUUGUGGAACUAGUCCUCAGAGAUGGUCCUCGGGAAUUGGUCUCAAAGGUAUCUCGGGUAAUACUUACCGGCAUCACCAAAGUCAUUGGGCGCGACUCUACCGAACCGAAUGAUGUACAAAAUGCGGCGUAUUCCGCUCUGGCGCAACAUGCUCGCAGUUUUCCCCAGGACGUUAGCCAGGAUUUAAAGUUGGUUCUAGGAUACUUCAAUAACCUAGCUAGCUGUGCACCGGAAUUGCAUUCAUCAAUAAGGGAAGCAUUAGUUUCAAUGGCUCCAGCUUUUGCCUGGAAAACAAAAGAGAAGAGCGAUGCAAUGGAGGUGGAUGAAGAUACCGAUCCUUCUGCCGUAAAAUUGGAUGGCCAACAGCAUCUUCUUUUGGCCAUGCUACUGGACAAUGCGGAGUCCAAGGUGCAGAUCGUACAGAAUGUGACUAGCGUUUUCCUCACUAGCUGUUAUCCUGAGUACUAUGCACCAGCCCGAUAUCUGUUGCUGCUCAUAGCCGGAGAGCGCAAUUCCCUGCGCGAAAAUGUCACAACUUAUUUAUACGGAACCUCGAAAAAAGAUCAUGUUAACUAUAAUAUGGUAUCUUCUAUCGAGCAGGCAGAAAAUCGCAUAAACAGCGAAUCCAUUAGUGACUUCAACCACUUGUCAUUAGAACAGCGUCGAGUGGUACUUCCAAGCUUCCAGGUGAUAAUGUCGCAUGUCCAUGAUAUGGCUAACAAACGGCUAAAAAAGAACACAUCCUGUGUGGUAGUAGGACGUACAAAGCUGCCCUACAGUCUAGAGGUGUACGAGGAGAUUCUUGAUUAUCUGCGUUUGUGUCUGUGGUAUUCGGCUGGCGUUGUAGCAGCUCCCGGCGAUGAAAAGUACACCCAUGAACUACGCAAAUACAUCACUUUGCAUUACGAAGAGGAGGAGGAAAAUGCCUUGCAUCAAUACGUGCAGUUUGUUCAGCGCAGUGUAGAAGCCAAGAGAAGUGAAUCCAAUCUCAUCUGCCUUUAUGAUCUGCUGAACGCCGCUCCGGAACUAUUUGCUGCUAAGCAGCUUCAUCUUCUGGAGCCUCUUGGCAACACCCUAAAAGAUGUAUCCGAGAAUAUGCGCAUCAAUGUGGCUCAAGUUUACGCUAUUCUUUGGGCUUUCGGCUUGUCCGACGAGAAGUUCGACGAGGAAGUAGGGGAAUGCUUAAAAAGCCUUACACAAAAGACACUUGAGCACAAGCACGGUUGGCUUCUUGUGGUCGGUCAUACAUUUAAUCGGAAGAUUGCUAUGCUCAAACAACAGCAGAAAUCAAAGGACUUUUCAGCUUGGCCGCAGUUUGUUAAUGCGGUAAAAAUAAUCUCAAAAACACUUUGUGAGUCCCAAUGGCUGCUCGUUUCGGCAGCUGUAAAAUGUAUCUCCAUGAUCGGCAAGGCUGUGGAGAUACCAAAUGUCUCGGUGGAGAUCCAGGUUCCGUCCAACGAUGGAGACGACGACGAGGAGAUGACCGAGUAUACGAGCAUAGAUUCCUCUACCAAGUUGGUCAUUUUUGGGGUUGUCUUUCAGUUGUUGCGCAGCUCGUCAGCGCGUCAAAAGAUUCGCGAGGAGUCUGCCAGGUGUCUGGGAUACCUGUCCAUUGGCGAUGGCGAGCAUUUUACCAAACGCAACCUGGAAAAGUUUCUUACCCUGGCCAAGGUGCAAAAGGAUGCUGCUUUAAAUAUAGCCAUCUCGGAAGCGAUUGUUAACACUCUCUGUGGGUAUGAUGUGAAUAAGGGGCAACCUGAUGAGAAAUUUGUUAACAAACACUGCAACGAUGUCGACUUUGAGCAAUUCCUGAACUCUCUAAUACGUUUAGUCACCGAGCCCAAUCCGCAUUCCCGCCAGGCGAUAUCCGUGUGGCUGCUAGCCGUGGUAAAGCACUGUAGCCACCGCCCAGCAGUGUUGGCCAAAAAAGAACUGUUACAGUUCGCUUUCACCGAACUCCUUUCUGAUGAUAGCGAAUUUGUACAAGAUGUUGCUUCCCGCGGCUUGGGGCUGGUCUACUCGCUAUCGGAUUCUGGCAGUCAGAGUGAUUUGGCUAAUUCUCUUUUAGACCAGCUAAUUGGAGGUAAACGAAAGGUUAAUCAGGUCUCGGCAGACACUGAACUCUUUGCGGAAGGAAUGCUUGGCAAAACGCCGACAGGAGGUAACAUCACAACCUAUAAGGAGCUGUGCUCUCUAGCGUCAGAUCUCAAUCAGCCGGAUAUGAUCUACCAGUUCAUGCAACUGGCCAAUCAUAAUGCCACCUGGACCAGCAAACUGGGAGCUGCUUUUGGAUUAAAAACCCUUUCCGCUGAGUCCAGGCAGAAGAUGCAACCUUAUCUGGGAAGAAUUAUACCACGCCUAUAUCGCUACAAGUAUGAUCCCACUCCUAAGAUCCAGAACUCCAUGAUUUCCAUUUGGGACACAAUUGUGAGUGACUCGAAAGAAGUGACCGAGCGUUACUAUUGGGAAAUAUUGCGAGAGCUUCUGGACAAUCUAACUUGCAAGGAAUGGCGAGUGCGCAUUGCAUGCUGCCUGGCAGUCAGGGAUCUCUUAAAGCGUCCCAACGGGCUUAAGCUUCGUUCGGAGGAACUGGUUCGUCGGGCUCCUGCCGUGAACAGCAUGGAAGUGGAUGAGGUGCCCGAACCUGAGCUGAAAGAGCUGUGGUUCCAACUCUUUCGCGUAAUGGAUGACAUUCAUGAGGGCACAAGAAAUGCUGCUCAUGGGACUGCCUCAUUCCUAGGCAAGCUGUGUGUCAUCGCCUCCUCCUCGGAUCAUGGUAAAUCAGGCACAGCGGUAGCUUCCUCGACUCUCCCAUACCUUUUGGAAACAGGGGUGGGUCACAAGGUAGCGGAGAUACGCAAUGUCAGCAUUAAGACCAUAUCCGACAUGAUUGACUCUUCCGGUGCACUUAUCGCUCCACAUCUGGUGACCCUAAUUCCCUGCCUACUACGGGCUACUGGCGAGUUGGAGAAUACUAAGCUGUCCUACGUAUCAACUCGCCUAGGAGCAGACAACGAGGCCCAGGAGGCGGUAGAUACACUUCGUGCGGAAGCCGCCAAAUCCCACCAUACAAUGGAAACUAUUGGGAAGUGCGUACGCUAUAUCGAUUAUCCUGUCCUGGAAAAGAUGACGCCCGAAGUUUUGGAGCUAAUGAAGUCUAGUGUAAAUCUCGGAACCAAGAUUGGCUGUGCGCAUUUUGUGUGUCUGAUUAGCAUCCGUUUAGGCAAGGAGAUGACGCCAGUGGUAGGAAAGUAUAUUCGCGCCUGCUUUGUGGGCAUCAAGGAUCGUAAUGCCACCGUGCGCAAGUACAACGCCAGUGCAAUUGGCCAUCUAUUGGGUUUGGCCAAGGAGCAGUCAAUCAAGAGUCUGUUCGCUAAACUGGACGAACUAUAUUCCGAACAGCCAGGAAAUCGGUCUAUUGCAUUGACUAUUCAGUCCAUUAACAAGCGCCAUCAUGAAUUACUCAAAGAUUACAUGGACAGCAUGGUGCCGCUGAUCUUCUUUGCCAUGCAUGAAGAGUCGACUGAAGAGACAAAGGCUAAUGUUGAGCUGUGGAAGGAUUUGUGGAACGAUGUAAGCCCAGGGGAUGCAGGCAUCCGCCUCAAUUUAAAUGUGAUCAUACCCAAAUUAGAGACAUCUCUUACCGAUGCAAGUUGGUCUCGAAAGGCGCAGGCAGCGAAUGCUAUUCAGACGAUAGCAACUCGCCUAAGCAGCUCCCUGGAGGAACCCGACCGUGUUAGACUCAUUAAAUUGCUCCUUUGCGGCCUCCAAGGUCGGACUUUCGAGGGUAAGGAGCGUCUGUUGCAAGCUCUGGCCGGACUCACAAAAGGAUUAGAUCGAAGCCACCAAAUCUGCCCCAGCAUUAUUGACGCAGCCAUGAGAGAGGCAAGGAAACGGGAACCCGUUUAUCGAACCAUGGCCCUUGCUGCUCUAGGCGAAAUCCUCGAUCAACUGGAGGCCGAUCGCUUUGAGGAAGUGUACAAUAUGAGCUGGAACCUGCUGGAAAAAAAAGAGUUGCAUAAGGAGUCCGACGACGAGGACGAGCCAAGCACUAGUCAGGAACUGACCGCCGACGAACGCAACAAGAGGGCUCAAACUCUAAACCGACUAAAGGAGGUUGUAUGGGAGACAUUGGGUAAAUCUUGGCCACGUCACUCAAUCGAGACACAACAUCGCUACCAACUCUUUUUUGCCGAGAACUGCACCAGCAUUCUGGCUGAAAGCACUCGACCAGUGCAGGUCAGUCUUCUGGCAGCACUCACAAAGUACAUUGAAAGGCUGCAUGUCUUCGAUGAGUCCGCUCAGCUGCCCGACCUUCCACAGAUAAAUCAGGAGAAGAAAAUCAAGACAGACGCUCCAGGACCCAAAACUCGUGAGGAAAUUGUCGAAAAGAUCUGCAAGGAUGUUUUGGCGGCAGUAGCUCUGGCCGCCGGAGUCCCUCAUUCAGGCCUGAAAAAGGAGGCUCUAAACAUUGUCCUUAUGCUGAUCAAACGAUUGAGUGGAGCCAACAACCAGCAGCCAUUGAAUCUGAUUAAGCAGAGCUUUGAAUCGAAUUUGGAAAAGUUUCAACGUGAUUCGGCACCUGAAAUCCGCUGUCGCAUUAAGGACAUAGAAGAAAAGCUGAGCAAGUUGAAGCCAGGGAAUUAAGUCGUAGAUAAGUAAGGAUUUCAUUUAUAUGUGGCCAAAAAACCUGCCUUGGCUAGGUUUUUCAAAAGGGGGUAAGUGUGGAAAUAAAAAGAACUCAUUUUGGCUGAA